GCAGUCGCAGUGAAAGACCCAUCGCUGGCUUGCUCGUAUCGGAAAUCGCGAAAAGUGUCGUUUGCAGAUCCGUGUCCGUUUUCCGUGGGUGUCGAAUCGAACCGGCCGCCAGGAAUGACCGUUUUCCAACCGGAGCUAGGAUCCGAUUCGCUAGCUGGUUGAGAUGAUUAAAAAAUGAAUGACGGUGAUUCAGCGGGAGGGCAACGAGGUCAAAACCUAGCCCUUCCUGCUGGGACUGACCACAAAAUAUCGAGCAUCAGUAGCGGUACAGGCCAGCUAUCCACUGGGAGUGGGCCUGUCAUUGCGGCAAAGUCAGCAUCACCAAUGUCCCGUUCGUCAGCCGACGAAAAGCAGCAACAUUUUCAGCAUAUCCAGCCAAUGCAGAGCCCUUCUAGUGGUGGAAUAGUGGGCAAACCUCUCCUCCAUCAUCAGCAGCAGCAACGCCAACAACAACCUCAUCAACAAUCUUCCGGUACGGUUAGCUUGGUUUCGGCGCAGGCCGGAAUUGGGGCCGCCGGAAUCGUCGGCUUCAAUCUACACCAACAACAACAGCAGCAACAAUUUGUCACAUCUUCAUCGUCAGUUAAUGCCAAUAUAAGCAACAUUUCGAUUGGUGGUGCAAGCAAUGUGAACAAUAAUGAUACAGACAGUGGUUCUACGGCUUUCGGAGGAAUAAGAACGCCCAGUGGCACAAACAGUAGUGCAAUAGUGCAGCAGCAGAACCAAACAGUGACCAGUGGAAGUGUUUAUAGUACGAACCUUAACGUAGUUGGUAAUAAUAGCAGCAACAAUUUCGGCGGCAGUGGCCCCAGGAAUAUUUAUAUUCAAUCCUCGGGCAGCCCACUAGUAGUGACUCCGGGCAGUGGUAAUUUGGGAGUCGCUAGUGUAUCGGCAACCUCCGUCGGAGGAUCGGUGCCCGUUUCACCGACAGCCCGGAAACGGCUAAAGUUGGAACAGAGCCCGGUCAUCGAAGUGGAGCAUGACAUUACGACACUCAAGAAACUGAUUCUAGAGCACAAGUAUAUGAGAUUACGCAGUAUCAAAGACAAAUACUCGGAACAUGUAGCGGAACUGUUUUUUCUUCAGUCCGGUGGUAAUAUGAUGGAAUAUCCUGUAUGGAGAAAGAAAUCACAUACACCCACAUUUUUGAAUUUUAUGAGAACGUAUAAGCUAGAACCGUUGUCAUCCAACCUGGAAGAAGCAGGAGAAGCAUUGAAACAACAAUCGUCCAACCGAACAUCGCUGGCCCUGGCGACGACCGGCGGAGCAACUUCAUCAACAGCGGCUGCUGGCUUGCCCCAGGGAGCAGAAAUCAAAAUACCGGGCGUCGGAGCUACCCCGGUAGCCGUGUCGACGCAACUUCCAGCCGCGGUGGCUCAACUGAGUCAGCAGGGUCAUAUACCCGGCAGACCUCAAGGGGGUCGCCACGGGAUGGUCUUUGGCCAUGUUAGCGUUCCCGUGCCUGUGGUAGGAAGCUCCUCCGUACCUCUGGUGCCAGGCGGCACCCCCAUCAUUCCUGAUCCGAUAGGAAUUGGUGCUCAGGCGGGCAUCGAUAGGAAAAAGCACCUUAGCACAAUUCCGAGUAUAGGCGGCACGGCUUCGGCUACGCUUGGAAUAACUGCGCUGGCUUCGUCCGGAUCGACAACAACCAGUACGGCCGGUACAAGCGGGGCUGGGUCUGUUUCCGGGAGCGGAAAUGAUGGCACCUCUAAUAACAAUUCCCAUCACAAUGGGACGUCCUCCAAUUCGACGUCGGCAGCACCGGCCACAGCAGCAGGUGGAAGCGGUGCUGGCGGAAAUGGAGGACCAGACCAGUACACGAACAAAGCCAAACAGGAAGUUUACGUUAUGCAGCGAAUCCAGGAGCUCCAGAAGGAGGGUCUCUGGAGCGAAAAGCGUCUUCCGAAACUGCAGGAACCUCAAAGACCCAAGGCUCACUGGGACUAUCUGCUAGAAGAAAUGGUUUGGUUGGCGGCCGAUUUUGCUCAGGAACGCAAAUGGAAAAAGGCAGCCGCCAAGAAGUGUGCCCGAAUGGUUCAAAAGUACUUCCAGGAUAAGGCAAGUGCUGCUCAAAGGGCUGAAAAAGCUCAAGAGUUACAGCUGAGGCGAAUUGCUGCUUUCGUUGCCAAGGAAAUCAAAAUUUUCUGGGGAAAUGUAGAAAAGCUGGUGGAAUACAAGCAGCAAACCAAAAUAGACGAGAAGCGAAAAAUGGCACUGGAUCAACAGUUAAGUUUUAUCGUGGAUCAAACGGAAAAGUACUCACAACAGCUGGUGGAAGGCAUGAACAAAAGCACUGCCGUAGCGGUUGGCAACACCAGCAAAGCUAAUAGUUUAAGCUCCAGUCGAAUAUCGUCACCGCAGCACAGGAAUGCAUCGGACGAUGAGUUCCGACCGGAUGAAAAUUCCGAUGACGAUGAAGAAACUAUUGCAAAGGCCGAAGCAGAAGCAACGGGCACCAACGAGGAGGUCGCUGCCCUCCAGAAAGAGUCCGAAAUGGACUUGGAUGAUUUUCUGAAGAGCCUACCGAAGGACUACCUAGAAAAUCGGGAUAAGAUCGUUCUUCCGGAGAAAGAAGAAAGUGAAAAGGAGAGCGAUAAGGACUUUUCCGCAGGGGAAGCUAGCACAGAUGACGAAGAUACCAUCAUGGAGCAGGAGAAAAAGGAAAAGAAUACCGACCACAAGAAAGAAAUCGAUGAACUAAACGCCGAGAACGAGAUGAGCAUCGAGGAACUGAUGGCCAAAUAUAAUCAUCCGGCUAAGCCAAGCACCUCCAGCAAAAUGGAAAUCGAUUCCGACGAUGAUCCAGACAAUUCAGAUGAUGAAUCAUCUCCAAGCAGCAGUGAGGAAGCAUCGGAAGACGAUGAUGGUGCUUCUUCGUCCGCCGACGAAGACAUGGAAACGGAAAACCAGAACGAGGGCGUUGGGUUGAAAUCUUUACUGGACGACGAAAUGGCGAAUAAAAGUCAGAGCGAAAAGGACGAAAUGCUCAACGAUGCAGCUGCCAUCGCCGAAAGUAUUCAACCCAAAGGGAACACUCUAUCGUCCACAAGUGUGGUUACACCGAUUCCGUUCUUGCUGAAGCACACGCUCCGAGAGUAUCAGCACAUUGGUCUCGAUUGGUUGGUAACGAUGCACGAUCGUAAACUGAACGGUAUUCUGGCUGAUGAGAUGGGUCUCGGCAAGACAAUUCAAACCAUAUCCCUGUUGGCGCAUUUGGCAUGCGUAAAGGGUAACUGGGGUCCCCAUUUGAUUAUCGUACCGUCAUCUGUGAUGUUGAAUUGGGAAAUGGAGUUCAAAAAGUGGUGUCCGGGGUUCAAAAUUCUUACAUACUACGGUUCUCAGAAGGAGCGGAAACUUAAGCGAACCGGAUGGACCAAAGUGAACGCCUUCCACGUUUGCAUUACUUCCUACAAACUUGUCACUCAGGAUCAUCAAAGCUUCCGGCGAAAAAAGUGGAAAUAUUUGAUUCUCGAUGAAGCACAGAACAUAAAGAAUUUCAAAUCCCAACGGUGGCAAUUGCUCUUGAACUUUCAAACGGAACAACGAUUGCUGCUAACCGGAACGCCACUGCAGAACAACCUGAUGGAGCUGUGGUCCUUAAUGCAUUUUCUGAUGCCGCAUAUUUUCCAGUCACAUCGAGAAUUUAAGGAGUGGUUUUCCAAUCCUGUAACUGGCAUGAUUGAAGGCAACUCGGAGUACAACGAGAACAUUAUCAAGCGCCUUCAUAAGGUUCUUCGACCCUUCCUUCUUCGGCGAUUGAAAUCAGAGGUGGAAAAACAGAUGCCAAAGAAGUACGAACACAUCGUAAUGUGUCGGUUGUCCAAGCGGCAGCGGUUUCUGUACGAUGACUUUAUGAGUCGUGCUAAAACGAAGGAAACGCUUGCCACAGGCAAUCUUUUGAGCGUGAUUAACGUACUGAUGCAACUUCGGAAGGUGUGUAAUCAUCCAAACAUGUUUGAAGAACGCCCUACAAUAUCGCCAUUCAGGAUGGAAGGUAUUAAUUUUCGAACGGCUUCGCUCGUUUACAAUAUGCUAAACUACGAUCCUUUUACGCAAAUUGAUCUGUCUUCCCUGAAUCUGGUGUUGGUAAAGUUAGAGCUAAUGCUGUCAGCUUACGUUGCGUACCGGUCGCAGCAGCUCUGUAUGCCGAAACGCUUGAUCGAAGAGAUUGACUCCACGCCAGAACCAGCUCCUCGUUGUCCCACGGGAAAGAUGAAAUUGCACGUUCGUGUUCCCAAUAUGCUAGUGCAACAAAGCUUAAGCAACAACAGUGGCAUCCGAAGCACAGGAGUGAGGGUUGGAACCAGCCCAGCUAUGAAGACUGAAGGGACGCGCUAUGUUCCGCUCAUUAAUUCUUCGCUAGUAGAUAGAAAACCCUUGAUCGAGGAAAUCAACUCACAGCCGUCAACAAGCACGAUUAUUGUGGAUGAUCCCCUCGCAUCGAAUGUAAAUUUACGUAAACAAUGUGAUAUGAAUAGCGGUAAUAAUUUUAGUAGUAACAUAACUCCUAGUAAUAGAUUCAGUGCUGGCCACGUUGCACAAAUAGUACAUACGCCUGCUGGUAGGCAAUUGAUUCUGACGCCUAGCUCAGUGGUACAAAGUUCCAAUACCCCCACAACUCUGAUGACGUCAAGUGGCCAAAGGCUUACAGUAGUGAAUCGAUCCAUUGCAUCUUUCCCUGGAACGAAUACGACGAACAGGAUAUCGUCGGUUUCUUCCGUACAUCGGCCAACGAUAGGAGCACAGCUGUCGAGUAAUAGUAUUCAAUCUACUUCCUCUGUGACGAAUCCGAUCUCAUCGACGUUAGCAGCUUCUAUUGUGCAACAGUUGAAGCAUCAUUCCUAUUCAUCCACUGCCAUGCUCACUCCCGAAGAGCUGGAACGAAAAGCCCGCACUGAAUUUUAUCUCGCAAGUGUUGAAGAAUCCCGCAAAGAGCGAAGAGGCCAAAUCCUAGAACUCCUUGGUAGGAUGAACCAGAAACGUUGUGAUGCCACACCAGUUUAUGGCGAAGAUUUGAUCGAAUCGUUGGAAAACGUGACAAACGAUAUCAGUUUGAAUGCGGAUUCUGUGCCAAUAACUACGUUAGGAUCAUAUUACUGUCGCGAAGCUUGGCGUAAUCCAACGGACAGCUUAGCUUGUGCUAUUCAAACUGUCGAGCAACGAACGGCUGAAUUCCGAUCUGUCUUUAGUAAUUUCGUAACCUACGUGCCAGCUGUAUGUGCGCCAGCUCCCAUGCUACACGUUUCCCAUCCCAAUCCUUCGCGGUCGAACGAGGAAAAGUGCCAAGAUAGCCAAAUAGAAGUUUCGCUGAAACCAACGUUGAAAAUGUUCCAUCCUAUAAUCUCUGCUAUGAGUACACAGUUUCCCGAUCCUCGUCUGAUACAGUAUGACUGUGGCAAGCUACAAACACUGGAUAAGUUGCUUAAACAGCUGAAAUAUGGUGGUCAUCGGGUACUGAUUUUCACCCAAAUGACCCGGAUGCUGGACGUGUUGGAAGCUUUCCUCAAUUACCACGGUCACAUUUAUUUGCGGCUCGAUGGAACCACCAAGGUUGAACAACGGCAGUUGCUCAUGGAGCGAUUCAACGGGGACAAGAGGAUAUUCGUGUUCAUCCUGUCGACGCGAUCCGGUGGCGUCGGAAUCAAUCUGACCGGAGCUGAUACUGUGAUAUUCUACGAUUCUGACUGGAACCCUACAAUGGACGCCCAGGCGCAGGAUCGUUGUCACCGGAUUGGUCAGACUCGAGAUGUGCACAUUUAUCGAUUAGUCAGUGAGAAAACAAUCGAAGAAAACAUUCUGAAAAAGGCGAACCAAAAACGCAUGCUUGGGGAUUUGGCCAUCGAAGGAGGAAACUUCACGACGGCCUAUUUCAAGAGUUCCACUAUUCAAGAGCUGUUUACGGUUGACGUUAUAGAAGAAGAUGCGUCUGCAAGGUUGGCUGACGUUAUUGAGCGGGAUAAGGAGCGCAAGGAAAGGUUACAGCAGAGUAUGGCUGUCGGUCCUUCCACAAGUACUGGAGGUGCUCAACAGCAGCAGACGCAAGUCGAAGAAAGUAGAUCUGCUAUCAAUGUGUUUGAAUCGGCGCUAGCCGCUGCCGAGGAUGAUCAAGAUGUGCAAGCUGCCAAGUGUGCUAAGGCAGAAGCUUCUGCUGACUUGGAAGAAUUCGAUGAAAACAUUCCACUAGAUCAGGAUCAGCAAAAAGACAGGCCCCCUGAAAAAAGUAAAGCGGAGAAGGAACUUGAAAAUUUGGUCAAACAGUUGAGUCCCAUCGAGCGGUAUGCCAUGCGAUUUGUGGAGGACACCGAAGGAACGUGGACAGCGGUGCAGCUGAAGGCCGUGGAAGCCGAAAUCGAGCAACAGAAACGCGACUGGGAAGCUAAUCGUUUGGCUCAGCAGAAGCGCGAAGAGGAAGCCGCGCGGCAACUGGAGGCUGAGGAGAACGAUUUGCUGACGUUUUCCAGGGAGGACGCAAAUAAUCAGAUUUGGAUAUCGGAAAACACAAUGGAAAAGAUGCCGAUGUGGUGUCCUCCGACUCCACCACAAGAUGAUAACGACAUUUACGUUGAUUAUUCGUUGGGUUUCCUGUACGAAGCGGAUAUUAUUCCGGAGUCUCAGUUACCGGCAGUUUACGUGAAAAAGGAGUACAAACGAAGCCAUUCGGAGGCUGGAUUUUAUCCAGAUGGACGACGACCGGUAAAAAUAAGAAAAGAGGAUACAUACUAUGCCCCGCGUUCGCUUUUUGAUAGGCCGUCGCCUCAGAUAGCAAAAUUACGGAAGGAUUAUAAACUGCAAAGAUACAAGGGUAUAAUCAAGCCUUUCCCGAUGCUUGGUUUGAAACCAACAAUGCCUAUGAAGCAACUUGUUGAGCCGGAAGGCAUGCCUGAAUGGAUGAUACACGAAGAUAUGUCGAUGCUGAAUGUUAUUCAGAAUCUUCAAGGCUUGCCGCUAAACUUAAUGCUUGUAUCACCUGGCCAUACGCCUAACUGGGACUUGGUAGCCGAUAUCGUGAAUCAAUCUUCGAGGACUUACCGUUUACCGAAACAAUGCCGAUAUCGCUACGAGGCUGUUAUUAUCCCCCGUGAAGAAGGAAAGCUGCUAGAAAGCCCCAAGAAACAGAAGAAGAGUAAAAACCCUCUGAAACAAUCGCCACCGAAAGGGAUGAGAGCAAUGCGUACGGCACAGCUCUUUACUGGCGAUGGUAACAGCUCGUACAUCAAAUUGGCUAGACAGAAGUUUGAUAAUAUUAGAUUGGCGUUCAAUAAGAAAGCGCCACAGGCUAAGCCGAUAAUUUCUAAUCCACAAAUGAAAAACCCUAAGCAUGCAGCUGUUUUAGCUGAGUAUGGAAUAACCAACUACGAGACACCAUUGACUCCGAUAGAGAUUGCUACAAGACGGGCGGAACGAAUUUCGAAGGAGAAGCAGAAGAAUGCUGUAUUAAUGCAGGGACAGGAGCAAUUGGCCGCCCAACAUCAACAACAACAGCAGCAACAAGUCCAGCAACAGCAAGCGCAACAACAACAGCAGCAACAGAUUCAAGUACAGAUGGCCUCUCAAAUUCAACAGGUGGUACAGAGCCAGGCACACGUGAUUCAACAGCAAGUUCAACAGCAAAUACAGAUUCAAACUCAUCCUCAACAUGUGACUUCUGCUGGAACAGGAGUUCAACAAGCGACCAUCGUGGUUUGUGGAGUUGGAACAAACACAUCGCCAGCAGUUGCCACAUUAGUUCAAGCACCAACGCUGCAAUCACGUGCUCAACCUGUCGUGAAUAUUUGUUCUACUGCUAACCAGCAACAAAUCGUCAAAGCCAUUGUAGCCAGUCCAGCCAACCAGAAUCUUCUGUCACAGCAAUUGGCGGUAGCUCAAAACAAUCCUCAACAGCAGGUUUCCGUUGUUCUUACCACACCCGUCACUACAAUAUCUGGUAAUCAGGUCCAACUAUCCCAGCCGCAAAUAGUUUCUAUUCAUCAGUCAAGUCCACAGAUAAUUCAAAGCAACCCAACCGUAACUCAAUCCAGUAAUUCCAUCGUCCAAACCCUUGCCACGCAAUCAUUGCCGCAAGUUGUUUCUGUCGCUCAAUUAGCUACAGUGGGUACGGUUAUGACCACGGGUAGUCCCAUUCAACAAUCUCAAGUCGCAACUCUUACAACGUCUGCCUUGAGAGCCCAACGGAUAGUAGCGCCACCAGGCACCCUACAGGAAGUUGUCCUUCAUCAACGGCCCGGAUCACAGAGCCCCACAGUUGUCAGCGUCAGCGGUUUAGGUCAAGGUUUAACUCAAGCCCAACUUCAAACUACCCAACUACGCUUGUCGAUGGCUGGAGGGCAGCAAGUGUCCGGCGUUGUAGCUAAAGGAAUAUCGGUUGGAACAGUUACCAGUGCUGGGAAACCAAUCAACACUUCUCAAAUACAAUUCUACCGCCAACAACCGAUUCGCCAACAGCUUAAAGUUCUGCACCCUGCUGCGGGUCAGGGAGGAACGGCCACUGUACUUCAACAAGCUGCUGGUCAGCCGACAUUAGUCAGCCCGGCCAUAAUCCAGGGAAACAUUAUUCAAACCGGGGCAGUUGGUCAAGCCGUUCAGGUUCAACAAGCUACCCAAAAAGUUUCAGUAGCAAGCGUUGGUACGAGUGCAACCGCAAGUGGAACUGCUACUGCAGCUGCCGGCACCAUUGCUACCGUGCAAGUUGCUCCGGGUCAACAAAGGACACAAUUUAUUAAACAGGUGGGAACAAAACAGAUGAUCACCACCAGACAAGUUACUGACAAUGAAAUGCAGCUAAUGGUUAAAAGACAAAUUAUCAGCCAACAGCACAAACAACAGCUUAUGCCUCAAACGCAAAUAUUUGCUCCUGCCAAUUUGCAAGUUCAACAGGCUGGUACGUCCGGUCAGCAAAUUGCAACCCUAGUAAAAACAUCUAGCGGCACGGUUGCGGCUACUGGAAUGACACUUUCGCAAGUGAAACCCGGUCAGCUCAAAACCCUUAGCAAUCAGAGCCAAGUGAGGCAGCUUCAACUACAGCAGCAAAUUAUUGCUGCCCAGCAGAGGAAAGGCGGUAAAAUGACUCAAAUAACGCAAGUUGCCGGCAAAGCAGGUCAACCAACGCAAUUGUUCGUUCAGGGACCGAAAAAUUUACCAUCCGGAACGGUGACCGUUCAACAGAUCCAGCAAGUGAUUAGACACGCCCAACCGGCAUCCCUAGCUGCGGGAGGACAAAUCGUUCUUGGGAAAACCAGUGUUGGCAGGGUGAUACCGGUAUCCGUUUCACAGCAAGCCAACCAAAGACAAACGAUUCAGGUCGUCACUGCAACUUCUGCUGCCCAAGCCAUUGCAGCGGGUAACAUAAGGGCCCAUGUUCCAACGCAAAACAUCGGAACCAUUAAGGUUGCUGCUGGGGCAACUCCAGCGCAGCAGCAGCAAGCGAUACUUACCGCCCUCCAAAACCAACAAAACCAACGGCAGAAUGCCAGCCCAGUGCGUUUGCAAACUUCCAGUGGUUCUCUGGUCGCAGUGACGGUACAACAACCUCAAACCGUAUCUGCUGCCACUAGUAACGCCGAACUACAACAGCAGGCAGUGCAACAGGUUGGCACAGUGACUACCAUCAGCCAAGCUCAGCAGCAGCAAUCACAGGCCGCACAGAACCAAUCGGUAUUGCAAAUAUCGUCAGGGCAAGCACCGCAGAUAAUUGCAUCGACUGCCGGUGCAUCAAUUUCUGUUGCCGGUUCUUCCGGCGAUGGUAGUUCUGCGGUGGUACAACAAGCCACAGCAGCUCAACAAGUGAGUAUGAUCAAGAAAAAACAAUCUCCUAGUGGCAAAUAGGGCACCCAGUUCAGAUCAAGGGAAUUUAUUAUCGUUGAUCAUCAUACAGGUGUCCAAUAUAAACUAUCUUAGAAUUCAGAUUUUGAAUACUUAACAGUAUUGCACUGCAAAGGGGAAUGGUUUGAAUUUUGUCGUCUGUAAGUUUUCGUACCUACACAAUAUACAAUCCGAUAUCAAUAAUAUUCAAAACGAGACAUCAUUCCUGUAAAAUUUUAUUUGGGUUAACCAGUAACUUAAAGAAACUACAAAUCCUGAAAUGAAGUUCGGUAUCUAUCUUCGGAUAGGUUUUGUGCAAAUGCAACUUGUAAAUUUAAACAUUAGGGUUCCUUUCGACAAUGAAUGUAUAAAGUUUCUUUUUGUGAAACUUUCUUAGUUAACUUAGUUAUCAUCGAAGCAGAAUCUGCUGGCAUAAACAGAAGCAAGAGAUUUAAUAAUUUAUUUAAAUGUCUAUAAUUUUAGAGUAAAAACUUUAGUGUAAGCUGUGCCCUUUCCAUCUCUUUGUUUCUUAAAAAGUGUACAAUAAAUGGUUAAUACAAUAA